CUGCAACAAUAUUCACGAAGAAGAAACAUUGCUUACGUAUGUCUAAUCUAAAAAGACCGCCGGUUAUCUCGUCGGAUGAUUUUUAGAAACGUGAUAAAUGUUUAGCUCCGAUUAAAAUUUAGCAGAAGUAAAUUAACAUCGCUUAACAAGACAGCAAAUGUAAAUACUUCAAUAUCAAAUUUUGCAUCGAGAAGCGAUAACGAAAUAAUUUCAAACCAACAUAGUUAUUAAUAAUUCUAUCGUUUUAUUUGGAGCGGUGAUGUAACGAGAGUUCGCAAGAAAUCAAACCAUCUAUAAUAAACGAACGCCUAUGUCCGUAUCGAACGCACAUUUUCCCGUGUAAUGAUUUAUAAAUGGAUCCAACCGUGAGCUUGCGGUUGUAUGUAGAGCACGUGGUGAAAAAUAGUUCUGGGAAACAAUAAACUGAGAGCCACUGAGAAUGGGUUCAAAGGAUUGUGAAGAUCGAUGCCUGCUUCGGCGCAGAUUCGGCUAAACUUUACGGGGUUGACAUACGGUCUUGUACGUGCACUUGUAACCCGCAUCCUCCAACAGGUACAUGUACAUGAAAAUCAACCGGAGAUCAGGCAACCGAGAUUCGCGGACGAUGGUGGUGGCAGCGCAUUUAUAGAUAGAAGCGAGCGUUCAAGUUUUGCUGAUGCAAACCCCGUACAAACGCCGACACAUCCACAGUUUCGCGAGGAGCGUCAACCCUUGAGGAAUCGCGCGAGCUUUUCAACUCUGGAGCUGAUCUGAACUCCGCUGUUGCAGAAUCUGUCAGUCUGCCUUGGCGCGUACACGUGUUCGGAAGCUGCGUGGAUCAUCUCGCGACUAUUAUGUUAAAAAACUAUCGGUGCAAUCGCCUCUAGAUCUUGAUUUUUUGCAUAUCUUUCGAAUUCACGCGCUGUUUAUUAUUAGUCCGGUACGUGGGUGAAACGAAUCCAGUUCGUGCCCAACGGCUUAAAAUUAACCUGUGGAUUAAAUCAACCAUGGCAGUGGAAGCGGUUGAUCGUAGUGCAAAUGGCGCGGCUGCAAAGUGUCUUCUGCCGGCCCGAUACUUGAUGGCGAUAAUGGGAUCGGUCGGCCUAGCUAUCGUCUAUGGGUUUAAGGUCAACGUGAGCGUCGCUAUCGUAGCGAUGGUCAAUCAUACAGCUAUCAAAAUUGCUCCCUCCAAACUCACGACUCAUCUAACAAAUGGGACCCUGAUAUUUGCUACCCCUGCACCACCCGUUUGUGAUACCGAAGGAGUUACCAGCAAGCAUACCGCAGAGACGAAUGUCGAUGGUCCUUUUCCCUGGAACGAAUCACUGCAAGGCCUCAUUCUAUCCGCGUACUUUUGGGGCUAUAUCAUUACGCAGUUACCCGGUGGUCGAGUUGCCGAACUUUUCUCAGCAAGAUGGGUCAUGAAUGGAUCGGUCAUCCUCAACGCCGUGGCGUCCGUUCUUUCCCCGCUGGCCGCACAACUACACGUUUCGUUAUUCAUCAUAAUGCGAUUUGCCCAAGGCCUUGGAGGGGGUGUCACAUUUCCCGCGAUGCACGUGAUGAUUUCGAAAUGGGCACCUCCUGAGGAAAGGAGCAUUCUUUCGUCAAUCGUUUACGCAGGUACUGCCCUAGGCACUGUCAUUUCGAUCCUUCUGUCUGGCGUACUGGCUGCCAAUCUUGGAUGGGCUUCGGUAUUUUAUAUAGAAGGAGCUCUAUCUCUUAUUUGGUGCAUCGGCUGGGCGUUUAUUGUACAGGACUCUCCGGAAUCGCAGACCAGAUUUAUCACUCAAGGGGAAAAGGAUUAUAUAGCCACCUCAUUGGGUCAGAGUCAGAGCAAAGCAGGGACCAAAAAGAAACCACCAGUACCUUGGAGACAAGUUAUAACGUCACUUCCGUUUUUGGCGAUCUUGGUAUCACACGUUUGCAGCAACUUUGGAUGGUAUAUGUUGUUAACGGAGUUACCAACUUUUAUGAAUCAGAUUCUCAAAUUUAAUAUGAAUGAGAAUGCUGCUCUUUCUGCAAUGCCGUUCCUCUGUAUGUGGUUCUUUACAAUGAUACUCAGUAAAACUCUGGCCAUUAUGCAGUCCAAACAUUGGAUUUCGAUUUCCGUAUCGCGAAAAAUAGCGACACUGUUCGCAUCAUUUGUUCCUAUGAUAUGUUUGAUUGGCGUCUGUUACGUUGGAUGCAACCGGAACUUGGCCGUCGUUUUGAUGACGAUUGGGGUAACUUGCAUAGGUGGAAUGUACUGCGGUUUUCUUUCUAAUCAUAUUGAUAUUGCUCCAAACUUUGCUGGAACUCUGGUCGCUAUCACAAAUACAUUCGCGACCAUACCAGGAUUUAUAGUUCCGAUAUUUGUUGGGAAAUUGACUGAAGGCAACCAAACCAUCGAAGCAUGGAGAAUUAUCUUUUUUGUGACGGUAGGACUGUAUAUAGUGGAGAUUUUGGCUUACACGAUAUUUGGAAGCGCGGAGGAACAGCCUUGGAAUGAAUCGGGAGUAAUCGAUGAAGAAUCACCGGAUCAAACUGUUCCACUAAAAGAAAGACAUGCUGAAUGAUUGAGUCAUGGUAAAAAUGCUGUGAGUCAAACAAAAAUCACAUGUAUCAAUAGGUAUAGUAGCCUGCGAACUGAUCUUAGCUUUAAGUUAACAGAUGUUUAUUGAACACAGUUUAGCCGAAUCAAAUAUUUUUAUAAGUAGUAGGAUGGGUCGGAAUUUUUUUUUUUUAUUUUCUUAGCAUGGGGGCAGAAUUUGUACGUGAUAAAAAAAGACAAUUUUUCAAAUGUGGAAAAUAUUUUUGACUU